UAAAUAACAAUGUGCUACUACUUUGAAGUAGAUAGGCAGAUGGCGGAUGUAAUGAUUCACGCCUUAUUCUGAUUGGUUGCUAAGCUGAAGGGCACAUUUACGAAAUUGAGUUGCGUUUAAUUGCAGCCCUGAUUAAACACACGAUUUGAAGGCAUCUCACCGUCCGAUUUGCCAUAUUCUCGAUCUCAUUCAUCUGAUUUUUUUCGCAUAUUACACUAGGCCCUUCAACUCUUGACACAGUAUGUUCUUCUUUAGUUCCUGACCGAAUGUUUAUCAUCCAUAUUACUCGGCUUCUUCCAACAUUAUUAAUAAUGCAACUAAUUUGAAUCGCCCAAAGUGCUUUUGUCUCCCUUGUCGGGGGAUGUAUUAACAUGUCUCCGUGUUUUCCGUUUGUUAGGCGUAAGCAAAAUAGUAACAAAGAAAUAUUUCUUGUCAUCCUGGGAUUGGAUAAUUCUGGAAAGACAACAAUAUCUCUCAGCAUAAAGGGUGUCUCCAGUGACUUAGUCGCUCCAACUAUUGGCUUUGAUCGUAUUGAAUUUGCUAUCGACAGCUUCAAUAUCAACCUUUAUGAUUUGGGUGGUGGUCGUACAAUACGUGAUAUUUGGGAAACAUAUUUUGCUGAAGUCUAUGGUGUUAUAUUCGUGGUUGACUCAAGUACGCCAGAGAGAUUAGAAGAAUGUCACGAAGUAUUAGUCAGUGUUCUUUCCCAUCCUUGUAUAUCCGGUAAACCGAUUCUUUUACUAGCAAACAAGCGAGAUAUUAAAGGUGCGUUAGAUGAGUCGGAGCUGAUAGCAGCACUCCAGCUGGAUGACCUUGUCAAUGAAUAUAAAUGCCCUUGUCGCUUGGAGCAUUGUUGUGCUUUAUUACUGCCUAAUCAAAAGUUGGAUAAAGCGAUUCGUGAUGGUUUGAAAUGGCUUCUUGCUUAUAUUCAGUCAGAUUUGAUAAAUAUUCAAUCACGGGUUGGUGCUGAUGUAGAUAGACAAACAAGACGACAAACAGAAGAUCGCGCAGCUAGAAAAGAAAGAGUUCGAUUAGCUAGAGAGGAGAGAGAACGUUUGAGAAAACUGUCUAACCAACACAUCAACAAUACGUUCACAGCAGAUAGCCUAGACGAUUUAGGUCAAAAUUCAAAUGAAAUAAUCAACCAACAAUUAACAAUGAAAACUGAUAAUACAUGUACGGUUUCUAAUACCUUUGAAAAUAACUUGUGUAGUGACAGUCCUAAAUAUAAAGAACCUACUAGUUUACCAGAACGUAACCAAUAUAAUGAUAUUCAGUUUGUGCAGAUCAAUCCAUUAGUAUCUAAUGAGAAAAACCAUUCUUUGGCAUGUUCACAACUGAAUUCACGUGAUCUAUUACAUCAAAUCAAGUUAGCCUGUAGUAUUGAUCUGGAAUUCCAAAAUAAAAAAUUGAGUUUGGAUAGCUACCGUGGUUUUGAUAAAGGGGGCUUAUUCAUUGAAUUAGAAAGAGAGCUGCAUAUUAGUGUUGACGAUUCAAAAGAAAAUGAUAAUACCCGUACCAUAAUUGAAAAACAUGAUGAAGUAUCAAAACAGUUUUCAUUGUCUCCUUCGGUCUCAAAUGGUCAAAAGAAAGACAUGAAAUUACAACCUGAAUUCAUGAAAAUGAAUAUGUCGAAAAGCAAACUUCAGUGUGAUAAAGAUUAUUCGAUUCCUCAAACAGCGAAUGGUAGUGCCUGUUGUUUUAAUGGGACGCCAACUGUGGUCCAUUCGUUAUAUGAGGAAAAUAGUUCUUCAGCUAAAAAAUCUGUUCACCAAAUCUAUGUAUAAUGAAUUUUUGCUGUGAAUGGUGGUUUACAAUAAGAACUAUAGAUGAACGAAGCGUAUACAGCUGCGAAUUCGACUUUUACAGAGUUUAAAACAAUUCAUAAUUCUAAUGACUUUUUGUCAGUGAUCUCAUGAAAAUACCAUGUAAUCAUUUGUUAUUUAAACAUUUUUCCAUGUAUUUUUGACAAUUCAAAUUUUCUAGUCGUUUAAUGUCCAAACAAACUCGUUUGAGAAGGUUGAUCACAGACACAACAAUUCCAGCCUGUCGGGAACUGUGGCAAUAUCAAAAUCAACUAAAGGACCUUCAUCACUGGCACGCAUUUUUGUGUCAAAUUUCAAUAAACUACAUCCAAUCACAGAUCAGAAACCAGAAGGCUCAAUGUCAUCUAUGUCGCAAUCAUUUACAUCAGAAGAGAAAAAUAAUUCGAAUAAAUUCUAUAAAACCUCUGUCUCUAAUUGUAAUUUAAAAUCGUCAGACUGAACGCCCAAACAUAUAUGUAUCUGUUUUUAUUAAUUAGUAUACAAACGCCGCUUACGUCAUAUUCAACCAUUUAUAAAAUACUUUUUCUGCUUGACGUGAUUUAUUAUCAAUAGAGAUGCAUAUUAAGUGUUUGGAAUUCACAUUUUAAUAAAAUGGAAUGCAAACACAUUU